AUGGCCUCCGCGGCGCUCAAGCUGCAGAAGCCAGUCGGCUCAUCAGAAUGGAUAGCCGCUGAAAAGGAGAAUAUUAUGCAGCUAGUUGAGCAAGAAAUGGAAGAGGUGGAAUUUCCUGUCCGCCAUGAAUUGGACUGGUUGAACGAGCAUAUGGCGGAAGUCUUCCGGGGGAACCAGCUCAAUGUUGCCGAGAUAUUCAAAACUCCAGGGAAGCUACGCGGGAGAACACCCCGAACCAUUAGGAAACACAAAACUCCCGCCGGUCAGGCGCGUGUUCCUCUGAGCGACAUCUUUUCUUCACAAAAUGCGAGAAAUAGCCCUCUUCCCACAAGUCGCUUCCACCAGGCGAUAUCUAAGCUUCGUUCUCCCCCGGAGCCCUUACAGACCCGACAACGACCUCUAUCCGCCCAGAGCCAAAACUCCAAUCCAAAUUUCAACACAGACUCCGGAUAUCACGGCAUGUCACAAGGUGUUAACAUGGAUAUGGACAUGAUUUCCUCUGAGGCAACACAGACAGAUCCUGACCUGGUGUCUGAACCCGAACUUGGGCACGAAGAGGAGGACGGAGAAUUGGAGCCGGAACCGGAACUGGGGCAAGAGACUGCAACGCAGCGUAUCGAGGAAACGACUUUAUUGGCAGAUGACCCCCGUGGCCGCAUUCCCUCCUCACCCCACCACACAACGGAGGAUUCAUUCCACUCCGCAAGAGAAAUCGCAGCAAGCAAGGAAAAUACCAUGGAAUCUAUGGACUUGGAGUAUUUGCAAUCUCCUCAACGAGACCAGUCCAUAGAGCCCAUGUAUCCUAGCAUUCCACAAGCAAAAGAAAAUAUUAAUUCCGGUCCCCAACUCACGCCGAAUCCGAAAACCCAGGGCCCAACCGACCAUGAUGCAAUUCUCGACCAUUUUGACGACAUAGGUUCCCCAUCCGAAAAAUCAACACCAGGCCGCCCGUUCAUUCGAAAGAGCAGCCUCACCUUUGCCUCCCUUCCUGCCAGGGAACCAUUAACGAAAAAGAGCAUGGGAGGUGGCAGAAUAUCAAGAAUCAGCCAGGUUGAUCCGGCUAAAAGUGCAUUUUUCGGCCGUCAAACUGGAGGGGUAAGGAUGACACAGUUCCUCACGGAAGAGGAAACCGGGCAAUUCAAUCGUCCUAAAAAUAUGGAUAACAACGUCAAAACGUCUUCCUACGAAGAAUCUGAUUCAGAUGCAAAGGCGGCCAAAUUGCAUAAUAAAUCUUCCACGCAGUUACUUCACGAGAAGAUAAAUAUGCUUGGCAAAGCUCAGUCCACAAGGGGUACCAAAUCGAUUGCGGCGGCUGUCCCACCCGUUUCGCAACAGAUCACUUACCCAGAACUUCAGACCGCUCGCCGCGAGCCUAAUGACGAUGCUCUGGAAAGUUUCACCCGCGAGCAAUCCUCGAAACUCGACGACGUAUCGAGACCACCAAGCUCACCGUUCAUCGUUCGACAGUCGCAAUUCGCCCGAGACGUCUCGGACAAACCCAAAUCAAGUCUUCCCCCUUCCAACCAAGACCAGUACGCCAAACUCCGAUCUUUGCGGACGGGAACCCCAGAACGACGAUCACCCGCACCGAGAUCAUUUAUCUCCCACGGCAAAUCAGCCUCCGUUUCGUCCCUGGCUGGCUCGCCCCGUCCUGGCACGGCUGGGUCGUUAUAUAAGUCUACUACCAUUGAUAGUACACCCAAAAGCUCCACUACUCCUGUGAACUCACCAAAGCGCUAUGAAGGACCUUUAAGUGCUUCCAAAUCUAAACUUCAGUCUAUCAUGAAAUCCGCCAAAGGAUUAUUUAGCAGCAGUGCUGGUGCUUCCGCAGCGGCCAAGGAAGCCAUGUCACCUAAUACGACCCUCUCUAAACCUACAGGAUACCCAAGUGUCUAUGGGGUUUUUGGCCAUAAUGCAUCACGAGACUCUGCUAGCCCAAUCAAACAGGAAGGCCGUCGAACUCGAAGUUCCACUGAAAAGGAAAAGGAGCAAAAGCGCAAGGAGCAGGAGCUAAAAGACCGCCAGCGCACCGAGGAACAAUUGGAAAAGGCAAAAGAAUUAGAGAAAGCGAAGAAUUCCGAACCCAAACCCACCCACAAGCCACCUACUAUACAGAGAUUAGACGCAGUUGUCCCUCCACCUUUAAAAGUUAAGUCGAGUCCUCAACACUUACAACCGCUAUCAAAACCUGCUAGUAGAGAACUAGGAGCCGGUCGCGAAGAAGAGACCAAGUCUGCUGUUCCCACACUUUCUCAAAUUCAAGCAAAACGGAAUGACCGUCGACCCGUCAAGCCAACACGAGAUAUGCCGAAGGCGAGGCCACACCCGGUUUCGAUAAAGAUCGGCACUCUAUCCCAGCGUAUUCCACUAGCUUCGGGCCCUUCUAGCGCACCUAGCACGCAAGAUCCAGCACCUACCCCGACACUAACGAAACAACCAUCCAUUAAAAAGUCAAGUAUAGCAUCGUCGCAAACGAGCACUUCCACGAGUAGUUUCAAAAGCUCAAUUGCAGCUUCCAGUGCAAAGUCAAAGGCUGUUCUGGCUGGGGAACGGAGGGAACAACAACGGCGUGAAGCACAGCAACGCCGUGAGGCUGAUCGUAAGCAACUCGAAGACGCCCGCCGCCAGGAGCAGCUUCGAGUGGAGGCUGAACGAAAAGAACGCGAACGUCUGGCCGCAAUGGAAGACCCAAAAAGCACUGCGAAGAAACAGGCAAUUGAGAAAAGAAGGCUGGAAAAUGCGCGAAAGGCGCAACAGCAAAGGGUCCAGCAACCUCUUCCAGUGAACGAUGCGGGAUUUGUACCACAAGAGAAGGCCUCAUUCCAAUCUCAACGCGGCGACAUGAGUCUACCUCGCGCCCCUUCUCGGUUGAAUAGUGUACAACCGCCCAAUAGGCCUCAGCCAAUGAUCAACCCAGCCAAGCCUCCAAAGCGUGCAAAUGAAGAGGAAGCAGCCCGAUCGGAGUCAGGAAAGCGACGAAAAACCGACGACGAUGAGCUUGCUAUUGAGGCGCCUAUUCGUCCGACGAUGGCACCCCCGAUUCGCCAGUCAGGUGUUCGGAAGGACCUGAAGACACAGGCUUUCCCGACCAGUUAUGUUGCAACGCCAAACAUGGGACAUACCCAGCCUAGCAGUUCAAUGUUCAAACCCUUGUCGAGCGCUGCCCGCCCAUUGCAAACUCCAGGGCCAUUGCAGCCUGGGCCUUCCCGACCUCAUCCCUUGGAAAUUUCCAAAUUUGCCAACGGCAAAAUUCCUUUUGCAGAAUCUAACCAACCGCCUCCCGCCGCUCAUAGAACUCCCGGGUAUAAACAAACCCAAAAGGCCGUUCGUUCUUCGCCCGCCUACCCUAACGGCGAACAGAUUAAACUUCCGGAAAUUCCCACAGAUAGUGAAGACGAAGACUCCGAAGCCGAACCAUAUCAUGUACCCGAAUGGGCUAAGGGUGAUAAUCUCCGUAACCUCCUCAUAGAACAGGAAGGCAAGGAUGGGGAGAUGGUAUUUGGACCGACAGCACCAUUACUGAUGGAAGAGAUAUUCAAGGAUAAUAAAGACCGAUUAAGGAAAUUCAGAGAUCGGACAAGCAGCGCCAACUGGGCAGGCACUGAUGGACUAACGACAGAGGAAAUUCGAUGGGAUAUUGAGCAGAGGGAGGCAUUGAAGAGGAAUGGGGGUUGGAUGUUUGACACUUAA